UGUUGUUGUUGGUCAACAGUGGUGGUUUCCAUAUUGCAAUAGAUGCCAUGUUGGUGCUUGGCAAGAGUGCGUCCGUGUCGGUACGUGUCAACAAGCUGGAAGGACGCGUCGUGCUCAAGUUUUCACGUCUUCCGUUCACCCACUGGUGCUUUGCGUUCUGCAAGGAACCGGACAUGGAACUAGACAUCAAGAGUACUUUAGCUGGAAAAUCUCUGGAUCAGCUCACCAAGCUCAUUCGCUCGCAGAUUCGGAGAUCUGUUCGUAAGAAGCACACACUGCCGAACUUCAAGGUUCGCUACAAGCCUUUCUUCAUUCGUCAGGAGGCUCAAGAUGAGGACAAGAAAGCGUACUUGAACAUUGAUGGUGAAGUUCUCAGCCAGGGACUGCUGAAAGUGGAGGUGGUUGAGGCGACACGUUUACCGAAGGUUCAGCAUGCCACUCAUCUUUACUGUACACUUGGUGUAGCUCGAGAUGCAUGGGCCCCAAGUGGCGGGUCACCCCGAUCACGCUGGGAAGUGCAGAUCAUCGAGGUCCGAAGAGAACGGCCUGGUGCCUCAAUUGGUGCUGUAUUUCGUGAGGUAUAUGAAGAGCUGGAGGACGAGCGCUCUGCCCUGACAGUCGUGGCCAGUGUCAAGAAGGAUAGCACUUCUUACAUCUGUGGACUACUCAAGGUACGGACUAUGUCUGUCCACCAUCCAUUGAUAGGCUCCUUUCCUUGA